AUGGCGGGCAGUUCUCCCCCCUCCUGGCGGGCAUCGACCUCGGCAUCGUCAAGAAGGGUGCGGAGGAUUUCAGCUUUGCUCAAGGGAGAGUUUUCCCCCAUCUCCUCAGGGGUCGCCUCCGAGUCCUCCUCCUCUUCUUUCCCCUCGCGGGACUCGUCAGAAGAUAGCUCCACUGGCUUCGGCGCCGCGGGGGCUCCGGAGAGCACAGGCGGCACCAGCCCGCGCGCGUCAAAGGUCGGCCAGGAGGCCACGAGCGGCUCCCAGUCCUUGCGAUGGAACAAGGGAGUGAAGGCGCUCGACGGCUACUCCUGGUUGUCCCCAACCAGGAGACGGAGGACAGCAGUCAGACCACUAGAUAGGUCAAAAAGGUUGAAUGUGAUUCAGGUUACGGACCAACGUGAUGAUGAAGAUGGAGACUGCAACAAUGGUGAGCAAUUCCCACCAGGUCAUGAAUCACAAGCAUUGGUCGGUGAAGAGGGUCAAGUUCACAAUCAAGUAUACAAUGAAGUACGCAAGCGCAAGAGAACAAGCUUGCCAAUUGUCUGGAACAUGCCAAAGGGGCAAAGAAUAGUUGUAAAAUGCAAUGAAGAUAGCCAGCCUAUAGGAGAUGAAGGUGCAAUCUUGGGGAAGUUUCUGGGCACGAUUGCUAGAAACGGAGGAUUUUGCCCACUAAACAUAAAUGAUUGGUGUCAAGUCAAUAAGAACAGUGGUGAGGAAACAAUAUUGCAGUGUGUACAGACAAAGUUCGUGUAUCCUCGAUCAUGUGAAAAAUGGAUACUCAAAUCAAUUGGAAGAGACUGGAGGAAAUUUAAGUCUAGUUUGAAAGAUGCUUUCUUCAAUCCCGCCAUUGAAAAAAAUCCAAACAUCAAGCGAAAGGCUUUGUAUAAGCUCUGUCCAGAAGAUGUGGACAACGAUCAAUGGCGUGGGCUUGUUAAAUAUUGGAAGUCCAAAAAAGGAAGGAGGCAAGCUGAUCCUGAAAAGAAACGACCACACAGAUCAAAGGUUUAUUUAGCAACUCACAAGAAGAAGGACGAUGCUAAUGCUAAAAAUAAAGAUAGAAACAAGUGCCUGGAUCGAUUGGAGAAUCUAAUAACUGAACGACCAGAGUUGGCACAAAAUUUGAAUGGAAGAGUCGCAUGGGAAGGUGAUGCCCUGCAGGAAGUGUUAGGGAAAGAAAAGAUUGGACAAGAAAACCUCCAAUCAAAUGAUAAUGGUAUUUCUCGGUUACCAGUACUGCUUGGUAAAACAAAGGUUGGCGACCAUGAUGUCAACCAAUUACAAAUUCAACAAAAUUCAUCAUCACCACAAGACCUUGUUAUUGAUUAUGUGCUAGAGGUGAUGGAAACCAGGAGUAUAAUGGGGGAAUCUAUUUCAAGACCGAACCAGCAAGGGACUAGAACUGAACACCCACACCCAGCUCGCUCAAAAAGAAGGCGUACUUCUUCCAUCAAGGCUGCUUCCAAAGUAGUUUUAAAGACUUCAACGUAUCCCAACAAGCGGAAUGUUGCAUAUGGUACUAUUCGGAGUACUGAUCCAAGAACUAAGGCUGGUGGUAUUGAGUUAGGUGCUGAAUUUGCUCUUGUGCGCAUAGACAAACCUAUUCUUGAUAAUGAGGAGUUGGUAAGGGAAGUUUCUGAUUGCAAGACACUUGGUGAGGCUUUCACUUCAGGAUACUUAAUUGCCUGGCCUUCACCUUUUAUUCGAGAGAAGGAUAGUUGA